AUGUCUUCAUUCGAUCCCGAAGGACCUUUAGCGCAGCAGUUGAAAGCGCCUUUAAUAUCCGAACUUCAAGGGAAGUACAAUAUUACAGAUGAUGCAGAAGACGUCGCAGAGUUCAUCUUAGUUUUGAUUGGUAAUAACCGUACGGCUGCUGAUAUUGUCAGCGAAGUAAGGUUGCUUAUUGAUUUUCCUAUAGAUGAAGAAUUUGUGAAUAGUAUAUUCCAAGAAAUUGGAAGAAUGAUGCAACAGGAACAACCUCAGCAAGAGCAACCUACCCAACAACAACAGGCACCUCAACAGCAAGUGCCCCAGGAACAACAGCCCCAGGCACAGCAACCCCAGGCACAGCAACCCCAGGUACAACAACCUCAGGCACAACAGCCUCAGGCACAGCAGCACCAGCAGCCACCACAAGAACAAAAAGCGGGUUCCUUUCAGCAACAAACCGAUAAGCCCCCUAGUCCCCAUGCUUCGUUCCACCCAAUGUUGGCAUUUCCUAAUAAGGCUCCACCAAGUGGACCAAGAAACGGUGUGAACAGAGGAGGAAUCAAUAAAGGAGGUAAGAAUAUCGGCGGUGGCAAGAAGUCGUUUGCUCUCCAAAAUCCAGCUAACUUCGAAAAGGUAUUGGGCAUGAACAACAAUACCAAUGUGACUAAGACAACUUUCAACCAGAGGCAACCGAAGGGCAGAUGUCCAGAUUUCCCUUACUGUACAAACAAGGAGUGCCCCUUGGCACAUCCUACUAAGGUUUGCUUCUCGUAUCCGAACUGUCCUAAUCCACCAGGUACCUGUAACUAUUUACAUCCAGACCAGGACCAAGAGUUGAUGGCCAAAUUAGAGCAAUCCAAGAAGGAAUACGUUGAGAAGAAGAAGUUAGAGAGACAACAGCAAUUCCAACAACAACAACAGCAAUGGGUGCCUCCUAUCACUUUAUGUAAGUUUGGUCAUCACUGUGCAAAGGAGAGUUGUCCAUUUGGACACCCAACUCCAGCCAAUCAAAAUGCCGUUGUUGGACAGUUAGAGUGGUGUUCAAACGGAAAGGCCUGUGCUGAUGGCAGCUGUGUCAAGGCACAUCCAUCCCCAAACUACCAGUCACAAAAUGGUGCACAUGCUGGCUCAGCAACAGGACCAGGAGCAGCGGCCUUGAAUGCUGGCGGUGUUCCACCUGCCGCUCCAAUUCCUACGUUGGAGCAAUGUAAAUUUGGUGCUGCUUGUACAAAUUACAAGUGUCCCAAGAGACAUGCGUCUACUCCUGUGGUGUGUCGUGAAGGUGCUAAUUGCAAGAGAUUGGACUGUUUCUUUUCACAUCCAAUAGAUGAAGACUGUCGUUUUGGUGCCAACUGUACUAACAAGACCUGUAUGUUUAGACAUCCAGAAGGCAGAUCUAUCACUUCAUCUAAUACCUGGACGAAGGACGGAGGCGAGCAACCUUCGGUUACCCAGGAAAGGCAAUUUGCUGUUCCCGACGACCAGGUUAUGGAACAAGCUAUCCAGAAUUAA